UAUUGUUUUCUUUCUCUUACCACCACUAUCUCAAUUUAGUACAUGGUGUUCUUGUCUCCCUCUUACAAGUUCCAUUAAAAACUCUCACCACUUUGAUUGUAUUCUAUUUGUUUUUUCUCUUUAUUUAUAAAAGAAGAAAACCAUGCUUCUGGAAAAAAUACGCUUUUUUAAAGUUGUAAAUUAUGUUCCAAUUUUUGUUUUUUGCGAAAACUGUAACCAUUGUUUUUAUUUUUUACGAAACUAUUUAGAUACGUGAUAAACAGGGUUGCACAGUGACGCGUCACUCGAGGUUUUUGACGUAUAUUACGUAAAAAAUGUAAUAUACGUAAAAAACCUGUAAUAAAUGUAAAAAAAUAUGGCGGCGGUCUGGCGAUCAAUAAAAAAUAUGUAAACAAAUAUUAGUAUCACAGAAAAGCAACAAAUUAAUUAUUUUAAAACUUUUAAAAAAUAAGUAUAUGGAUAUGAAUCCACAAAAUCGAAAACGCCAAGCAAUUCCUUGGCAAAGUUUAAAAUUUUCACGCUUGAAAACUGAUGAAAAAGGAGUAACCAAUGCGAAAUGUUUAUUAUGCGACAAAAUAGUGCAAAACACUGGUUAUGAUCGUCUUUUAGGCCAUAGCCCUUUAUUUGUGACAUGGGAAAUCGGAAAAGACAAUCAACUUAGAGGUUGCGUAGGAACAUUCAAUGCAAUGCAAUUGCAUGCUGGUCUACGAGAAUAUGCUGAAAUUAGCGCUUUCAAGGAUCCUCGAUUUAAUCCUAUUUCUCGAGAUGAAUUACCCAGCUUGCAUGUAACCAUUUCAGUACUUCAUCAUUUUGAACAUGCUAUGGAUUAUUUAGAUUGGGAAGUUGGAGUUCAUGGGAUUCGUAUCGAAUUUCAUGAUGAGAGAGGAAGUAAAAGAACUGCCACAUUUUUACCUGAAGUUGCUAAAGAACAAGGAUGGGACCACACACACACAAUAGAUUCCCUAUUUCAUAAAGGAGGCUUUAAAGGUUCUGUAACGCAGGACAUGAGAAGAAAUGCCAAAGUAACACGUUAUCAAAGUGAAAGUGUUUCAGUGAGUUAUCAAGAGUAUAUGCAUCAUUGUCAAAGUUCAUUACAAUAAUUAUGUUUCAAUCAAUCCUCAAUUAUUGUUCAAUGCAACACACAAUCGUGAUGUUUUCAUACUAAUAUUCAUUAUCAUCAUAAUAAUCUCGUUAUGAUACCACCGAAUUAUACAUCUUUUAUCCAACCACUUCCUUUGCCCACAUCGGAAUAUUCUCCUUUUUUGUGGGAUCGUCCAGGACCCUCAUAUCUUCACCUCCAUUCUCGAGUUAAUCGACUCGUGAAUCUGGAUACGACUGAACGUGAGGUGCGCAAAUUAAAAUGACACUGGAGACGGAUCUUUAAUGCUACUUUACACAGUUCAAAGUGGUUGCUACUUUAUUUUAUAUGUAUGUUUUUCAGUCUUCAUCAUUUUCCUUAAAAAACAAAUAAUUUAGUUAGAUUUAGCUUCUUGAAUUUGAAAUGAUUGCAUCAUAUAAUUGGUUUACGACUCAUUUAAUAACAGUUACGGGAUAUCAGUCCAUAUUUUUUUGGUAUAUAUAUAAAUAUAGUCCACUAGUUAAAAGCACUUUUAUUAGUAUUUUCACUGUCACUUACAUUAUUUGUAUAUAAUAGCGAACAAAUACCCUACUGGUUGUUCACAAUGAAUUCACAUUAUAUCGAGAGAUAAAAAUUAUUUGGCGUGUCCAUUAAAUGUGUAAAUAAUAUAUAGGAAUAUUUCUAUCGAAAAGAUUUAAAGAGAAUUGAUAAAAGCUCUUUUUAUUUUUAAUCUCAAUUUAUUUUGAAUAACACGAAAAUCAUGAAAGUAUUUGAAAUUUUCGAAAGAAGUGUGAAAAAAAUUUCCUAAAAUAGAAAUUUUAUUCAAAAUCAAAAUGCUUUCUAAAAUUAGUCUCAAUAAGCUUCACAUUUUUGCGAAUUUAGGGAACAAAGAAAGCCCUCGUCUUAUAUCACUGGAUUGUUGUACACUAUGAUUAAAAACACUUAAUAUCCGUCGAUUGUUGUUUCAAAUUCAAAUUUUUUCUGAUAUCCCAUAAAAACAAAACCUCUUGUUAAAUUCAUGUUCGAUAAGAUGCAAAUGUGUACUUCGUAUUAGAUGAUAUUGUCACAAAGUUAUUUGAUUUAAAAAAGGGAUAUAAUCUCCUUUUUCAAAUUCCCUGUAGAACAAUUGAUUUAAUUCACUGCCAAUUUAUCCAUUAUUGUAUCUUGAGCUUCUUAUGAUCAACAAUUAUUGUAUUAUUACUUAUACAUAUAUAUAAAAAAUUGUUUACACUCGUUAUUCUAGUGUUCAUGUGUGAAUUAGACAAGAAAAAAAUGAGGUAAAAAAUUAAGGAUUUAAAUUUUAAUUAAAGUAAGUUUUCUUUAAUAUUAUAGUUUAAUAAUUAUGAUUAAAUGAAAUCUUCUUUUUUUGGGAAAUAUAGAUACAAGCUUGGAUAAAUUAUGUCUUUAUCAUAUUGAUAGACUUAAUCGGCUUAGAAGAAUAUUCUUAAGAUUAUUUUAUUUAAUAAUCUAGAUGUUCUAGCAAAAAAAAACAUAUAUAGUAUAUAUAAUGUUAUUGAUCUCAGACUUCGCAAAUUUUUUCCAAAAUAUGCUACAUGUUUAUAAAUAGUCUUGUGAUUGUGUAGUGUUAAUCGGAAGCUUUUGCAUAUUUUACAAAAAGAAAAAAUAGAUUUUUGUUUUAUUCAAGUUAUUAUUGUCUUUAUAGCAUUUUAUAACGUGAUUUCAAUUAGAUAAACUGUUGAAAUUCACAAAGUUUGGCAUAAAACUUAUAUUAAAAUUGAUAAAAAUCAUCAAUUUGUAUAAUAUUGCGGGAAUUGAAGAAUAAAAGUGAAGUUUAUAUUGCA